AUGAUGACGCUUCGAGAAAAACAAAUCCAUGCUCUGAAGCAAAUGUUAAAUUUAAACCAGCAGGAGACAAAAGCCACGACAGCUGUUCCAACCUGGAAAAUAUUAAUUUACGACCGUGUAGGUCAAGAUAUUAUUUCACCGCUGAUUUCUGUCAAAGAAUUACGUGACUUAGGUAUAACAUUGCACAUGCAAUUACAUUCAGACAGAGAUGUAAUCCCCGAAGUCCCAGCAAUAUAUUUCUGCGCUCCAACAGAAGAAAACAUAGGUCGUAUCGGUCAAGAUUUCCAAAGUGGUUUGUACGACAUUUAUCACUUGAAUUUUAUAUCCCCAAUAUCUCGACAAAAAAUGGAAGACCUGGCAUCAGCAGCACUUUUAGCCGGUGCAGUUGCCAACAUCCACAAAGUCUUCGAUCAGUAUCUCAACUUUAUUACCUUGGAAGAUGAUAUGUUCGUUCUGAGGCAUCAAAACAGCGAUAUGAUAUCCUACCACGCGAUAAACCGCGGAGAGAUUAAGGACACCGAGAUGGAAUCAAUCAUGGACAUUAUAGUCGACAGCCUGUUCUCAGUCUUCGUAACUCUAGGAACUGUUCCAAUAAUCCGGUGCCCACGUGGUAACGCCGCAGAGAUGGUUGCCAAGAAGCUGGACAAAAAGCUCAGAGAGAAUGUCUGGGACACAAGGAACAGUUUGUUCCAAGGUGAAGUCGGGGGUACUGGACACUUUUCAUUUCAGCGACCGCUCUUGAUAGUCUUGGACCGGAGUGUCGACAUGGCGACGCCGCUGCAUCACACUUGGACCUAUCAGGCGCUGGCUCACGACGUUCUUGAGCUGGCGCUCAAUCGGCUGGUGGUUGAAGAAAAUGUUGGGCGAUCUCCAGCUGGAGGCGCCAGGUCCAAAACUCGACCUUGCGAGCUUAAUAAUACCGACCGCUUUUGGUCUCAGCAUAAAGGCAGUCCCUUUCCUCGGGUCGCUGAGGCCAUUCAGGAAGAAUUGGAGCAGUACCGCGUCUGCGAGGAAGAAGUUAAAAAACUUAAAAGCUCGAUGGGUAUUGACGGUGAUAUGGACAUACCCGGUAAUAUGGUAGCCAACAACACAGCCCGGCUGACAAAUGCAGUGAACUCUUUACCGCAACUAUUGGACAUGAAGCGGCUGAUUGACAUGCACACGACAAUCGCCACGGGAAUUCUAAAUUCCAUAAAGUCACGUCGACUUGACACGUUCUUUGAAAUAGAAGAAAAAAUAAUGAGCAAGCAAACUUUAGACCGCAGCAUUCUUGAUAUUAUUAAUGACCCAGAGGCUGGUACGCCUGAGGAUAAAAUUCGGUUGUUUAUUAUUUAUUACCUCUGUACAAACAUGUCGGAAGUUGAGUUCAACAAGCAUGAAGCUGCGUUAGCCAAUGCUGGAUGCGAUCUCAAUCCACUUAUGUACAUAAAGAGAUGGAGGGGAUACACAAAAUUAUCAGGUAUUCAAAAUAGUUAUGAAGGUGGUGGUACUAAAACUGUUAGUAUGUUUUCUAAACUUAUGAAUCAGGGUUCGUCGUUUGUGAUGGAAGGAGUGAAAAAUCUUGUCGUUAAAAAACAUAAUUUACCUGUAACUAAAAUAGUUGACGAAUUAAUAGAAAUGAAACAAAGUCCAAGUACUGAAGAUUAUUAUUAUCUUGAUCCAAAGCAAUUGAAACAAAUUGAACAUGUACCUAAAAAUCGUACUACAUUCCAAGACGUUAUUGUAUUUAUCGUUGGUGGUGGUAAUUACAUUGAGUAUCAAAACUUGAACGACUAUGUAAAGCAAAAAACAAGUAGUGGUGCCAACAAACGAGUUAUCUACGGUUCAACGACGUUAAUAAACGCCCGACAAUUUAUCAAACAAUUGUCAUUACUCGGGCAAGAAGUCCACUGA